AUGUCGAUCUCAUCAUUAAGAGGCCUCAUGUCGAGCUACUCCCCUGUAUCAGACCGCAGCUCCGCCACCGACGAUGAGAAGGAAAUGCACAUGCACCUGCGAGCAGAUGUCGAGGCCGGCAGCUCCUCGGGUACGCCCGAGGGAAGCGACAAGAAGACUUCUCGCUGGAUUGAUGGUCGCACUGUCUCCGACGCAAUCAUCGGUCUAUCGGACGGCAUGACUGUGCCGUUUGCGCUUACCGCGGGAUUGUCAGCUUUGGGCGAUACCAAAGUUGUCGUCUUUGGUGGCAUGGCCGAGCUGAUUGCCGGUGCUAUCUCAAUGGGGCUGGGUGGUUAUCUCGGGGCCAAGAGUGAAGAAGAAUCCUACAAAGCAACCUUGAAGGAGACCCAAAACCAAACUAUGACUGACCCCGCCUCGGUCUCCACCACGAUUUCCGAUAUCUUUGAGCCAUACGAGCUGCCGGCAGACCUAGUAGCGCAACUGACCAACCACUUGUCUGUCUCGCCCAAUCUCCCCUCGUUUCUCAUGAAUUUCCACCACACCCUCCCCGAACCUUCCGAGUCGCGAGCGGUCAUCUGUGCUCUGACCAUUGCGUUUGGCUACUUCAUCGGCGGUUUCGUUCCGCUACUCCCCUACUUCUUCGUAGGCCCUCACGAAGCGUUCAUCGCGCUGCGCUGGUCAAUUGCAACCAUGGUCAUCGCUCUGUUCAUCUUUGGAUACGGCAAAACCUGCUUCGUCACCGGCUGGGCCGGUCGCCGAAAUAUUCGAAAGGGCUUAAUCGGAGGUAUUCAAAUGGUCCUCGUCGGCGGUAUCGCAGCAGGGUCGGCGAUGGGUCUCGUCAAGGGAUUCCAGCUGCUAGCACAUGGAGGGGAUCACCCUGAUCACAAUUAA